UUUGUUUUGUUUUUUUAAUCGCGAUUCCCGCGUGCCUCGGCAGCAUCCCGCGCCCUCCGCUUGGCUUGAAAUGGGAUGAUAUGGGAUUUUUCAUGUCGACGAAGAUCGAAGGGAUUCUUACGUUUGCCUUGGUGUUCCUGUCCCUGAUGGUGUCAGGAGACUCUGAAGAUGUGAGGUGUGAGAACAUUUACAAGGACUUUUCUGACUGUGUCCUGGAGCUGGGAGAGAGCAUGGACAACUAUCAGGAGAACGUGACCAGUGAGAGGGGAGUGGCGGCCGUGUGCAGCCACUGGGAAGCUUUCCAUACAUGUGCCCUCACAGCGCUGUCCGACUGUCAGGAGGAAGUCAGCUCCAUCUGGGAGACUCUGAGGCAGGACUCCAGGAAGAUGCGCUUCCAGGGAAGUCUGUUCGACCUGUGCAGCCCCAGCUCCUCUCCCAGCAUAAGCUCAACUCUUGCUGCCCUUACCCUGCCACUGAUAGGCAUGCUGAUUGUGACUGGGCCUGACUGGUCAUCUGUAUAAAUGGGGGUUGGGGAUGAGGAGGGCCUCAAAUUCCCCGGGGUUCAGUCCUCCUGAGUUCAAACUUACAGCCAAGGAUUUAAGAAAGACAAAUGUUUUAAUAAGGAUUAUUUUGACACAGAGCCACAGAGGUCUGAGGCAAGCCAAUCAAUAUUUGCUGUGAUGAAUAAUGUUUGAUAUCUUCCCAAAUACUUCAGCUUGAUCCUCCCUUAUGUCUAGAAGCCGACAGAGUAUUUGAGAAAAUUUAAUCUCUGCCAACAUAUCAGUCCAAACGGACUAAAGCAUACACUUUUCAAGUAGUCAAGAGAUUUCAGAUACAAUGUGAGCAGAGUCUGAUCAGUAUACAGUCAGACACCUGUGGCUCUGGGUUACCAAUAUACAAGGAGUGGACACAAUAUCAUGAACACUUGUACAAUCUAAUGCGAACCAAGACAAGAGCUUUGCAAUGAAUACUAUAUUUAUGAACAUUAUUGUGUUCUGUUUUUAUGGAUUCAACUCUGGCCUCAUUUUUUAAGCAGUAGGCCUAUUUGUGGAGUUUUAGGCUACCGGUUUUCCCUAUAUUAUGUACAGUAGGCCUGUAUAUUAUAAGGCAGCAAGGUGUUGAUGUUUUGUGUCCACUCCCUUUAUCAUGUGUUAUAUGGUCAUACUGUGAAAGUGAAUGGAAUAGUUCAACAUUUUGGGAUUUAGCUGUGAAGAUCUAUACCAAUCUCCUAUCUGCAUGCUUAAGAUGUAGACACUGCCAGCAGCCGGUUAGCGUAGCUUUGCACAUGGUUCCUACAGCUGCUCCUGGCCAAAACAUAGUUCAGCACAUAGCUCCCUGUAAAACCACAACUUGUUGUUUUUACACUUUUGUACAGACUAAACAAAUGAGAUCUAAAAUGUAAUCUAAAGUGAGCUUUAGAGGUGCUAGUAGUAGGAUUUUGUUACCUUUGGACAGAGCUAGGCUCGCUGUUUCCCACUGUUUUUUAGCUAAGCUAACUGACUCCUGGCUGUAGCUUUAGAUGUAGACAUGAGAGUGGUAUCAAUUAUCAUACCUGCUUCUCUGCAAGAAAGCAAAUAUGCAUAUUUCUCAAUAGGUUGAACUACUCCUUUAAAUAAAGAGCUAUAGUGUAUGUUGGACACCAAAACACCAAUUGAAAUCAGUUUGUAUAAAUACAGCCAAGCCAACAUGAUGUAAUUACCUAUCACUUUACGAGAAAACAUUUAAAGGAGCACUUCACCAAAAAAACAGCAAUAUCUUAGCAACAUCUAGCUCUUAGUCAUUACAGAACUGUUUGUUGACUUAUUAAUCAGUGAAAGGACCAAACUGUAAGACCGAACCAGACAUUAAAUCUGACUUAAUUACACCAAAGCUGGCGACAACGUUCAGACGUACUAAAGGUGAAUGCCCCUUUAAUCUGUUUCAGUGUGUUGUAAAUGUUUGUGUAAGUGACAAUCAGGCCACUUGUAUAAAACUUUUGACCCCUUUUCCCCUCAAAAAACUUCGGCCCACUGUGGCCGAUGUUGCACGGCUGCUACAAAGACACCAAAAACAGACAUCUGACACGGUAUCACAUCCUCACUUCUCACAGAGCCUCGCCCCACAUUUUGGUUUAGUCUAUGCUUGAUCAAACUUCUUGAUGUUUGUAUGAAAAAGAAAAUCUGUGUUGAGAAUGUUCAGUGUUGUCUCACUAAUUUCUUAUGAACCUUGUGUGCAAAUGCUUGCUUGCAAUUAACACGAUAUAACUAAAACUACACUUUAAAGUAGACUAAGUACUGCACAAACACAGUAUGCCAGAUAGUAUGCAGAUAGACUACACAGGGGUCGAUUAUGUUUCAAAGAUCAGAUUUUCAAAGAAGAAUCUAAUGCAGCCAGGCAUAUAAAAUUACCCAAAUAACCAUAUUUUAUCAUAUACCUUUUUUCACUUUAAAUACCUAUAAUUAACAUCUCGUGAUAUCAAAAUAUAUACAACAGCAAAACUAAAAUCUGGUGUAAUAUGAAAUAAUAGCUUAUUUUUAUUUUAAAAAUCCAUACAAUUCCUUUUGUAUGCACUGAAUAAUAAUGAUGAAUAAUUAUUAUUAUAAAAGUAUAUAGAUUCCAAACUCUGCUUCCCCAUUUAUCUGUCUCAUGCUCCUAAUCGAUUUAAUCUUGAGAAACCUUGAUUUGAUUUUGCACAAAAUGCACAAAUGUUAAGCUUCAGAAGCAACCACGAACGCAUGAAGUGAAGCUCAUCGACAGAAAUAAGCGAAUGGGUGCUACAGUUUGUAUCAUCCAUUCAUUUAGCCAAUAAACCAUGUGAGAUUUUUCACUAUGAAAUUAGUAUUUAGGUUUAGGUAAGUUUUUUUUUUUUUUUUAACUAUUACUGCAAUAGUCGCCUAGAUUCAGAGCACAGUAAAAAUGAAUGAGCAAUAGCAUCAAUUUGUUCUGUUGGUUUGGUUUUGUUUUCCCAAAACUGUCCUCAUUUGCAUAUUUCCUUUAAUACAAUGCUCCCAACAGGCAUUAGCAAAAUAUGGAUGAUUUCUGUGGUCCUGAAUGUUUUCCCAUCAACUCUUUUAUCACAAAUGCAUGAUAGUUUUAGUAAUAAUGCUUCACAAUAAUGAACAGUCUGUUGAUUGUACCUUGGACAAAGUGUGCAGUGGUAUUGAUCUGUGCAUGAAAUUAAGCUAGCUCCUCUGUGUAUCAGCAUCCUCUUUAUGCAGAUUCAUUAACCUGCCCGCCUCCACUUCCCUUACCUUCAUUAGCAUGUUUGUUCUAGUGGUUUCUAUUUAUUUCAUGUUUCAGGAGUGGUAGCAUUAAUUUGUCUUUCUGGUGGUGACAAUAAAAACCCAGUUGUGAUGUCCUCAAAGCAUGAGCAAUAUGUACGGUCACUUCUUAAGAGAGGACACUUAUCCCUUCAUAUGCUGUUGAAGAAAGCAUGAAAAUGGUUGUGUUAUCAUAAGCAUUAUACCACAAGAAAUGAACCCUAAUGACAGUUUAAACAUGGAAGGAACUUCUGAAUGUAAAAACAAGUUCAGUGUCCAUGCGUUGUUUUCAUUUUUUCAUUUUACUGAUAUAAAAGCACACUAUUUACAAGACUGUAAUAAAGCAAUUAUAGCAAAAUAAUGUGUUUGUAAUAAUAAAGCACCAUGUUAAAAACAUACA